AUGAGCAUUUCUGCACCCUCGUUCGAUUUGGUGUCCCACCGCAGCAGUGAAUAGCUGUCCCAAGGUGCUGCGAUCGACAAGCUGCUGUAGCAGACUAUUGUGCUUACUUUGGCACCGUGGCUUGAUCAAUGUUGACAAUUCGCCGUGGAAGCUCGAUGUCCAAUCCCGAGGGCUUUUUGCUCACACCUUGGCCCACGUUCCUGGCAGAUGUUGAUGAGCUCGCGGAUUAGCUUCGCCGGCCGGGGUCAUGGCUGAAUCUCGACAAUUGCUCGAAUGGAGUUCGUCGACCGUGGCCAUGGCAUCGCUCCAAUAGACACUGACUUGCUCACGGAUGAGGUUCGCUGCCCGGCUUCGUGAUAGACCGCCGCUGUGGCCAUGGCAAGUAUGGAAAAACAGGUUCGUAAGACAAGUUCUCAGCCGAGGGUUUGUCGGACUUGGCCCGCACUUGUUGAGGCGACGUCUUACCAUCAGAGAUGUUUCGCAUAAAAUAGUUGGAAUGACAUGUAGCUAUGCGAGCGCCGGACAUUUGGUUGACUUCAGGGUUCUUGGGAGUUGUUAUAGCCUUGCAAUUAGCAUAAGCGAAAAAGGCCAAGGCCACGUGAAAGCCUGGCAAUGCAGGCUGUCCUCGGGAUGCCGAGCGAUCAGAAGAGUAAGUGAAGUCUCGUGGACCAAUUCUGGGGGCUUCAUCCUCGCCGCACUACGAUCUCGACCCAUCUCCACGACUACUCCAGUCUCAUCGAUGUGCCUGCCUAGUCAGCCGCCCAUUGCCCUAUCAAGCGCGAAAUUCUGUGAGAGUGGAAAGCAGGACACGCUGACACGUUUCGAGUGUGCAUGAGCCACCCAGAGGAUGUAGCCUCGACUGAUGCCAACGACGACUCAAAGGCAUAUGUACCUAUAAUGCCAUUACUAACUUGACACUCGCGGUGUAGUCGC